AUGAACCAAUUCACCUCCAACACCAAUAACUCAACCAACAACAACAAUGACGACGCAUCAACAACAGCCACCAUCAACCACACCGCCAUCAUCAACGCAACCACAAACGACAGCAGCGACGACAGCGGCGACAGCGGCGACACCGCCCUCAAGCGCUUCAGCGACAGAUACCAACACGUGCACGGAUACGCUUGCCUCAUCAUCUGCAUCUUCGGGAUUAGCACCAACCUCAUCAACAUAACGGUCCUCACGAGAAAGACAAUGGUCAGUUCUACGAACAUACUUCUAACUGCCCUGGCAAUGUCUGACCUGCUGACGAUGGUCUCAUGCCUGCCCUAUGUCAUGUACUUUCAUAUGUACAGCACCCCGGAUGAAACACAGAAGCAUGGACAGGGUUGGGUCAUCUUGUUACUCUUCUACGUCAACUUCUCCAUUACAACGCACACCAUCAGCAUGUGGUUGACCGUGACCCUUGCCCUAUUCAGAUAUCUAGUAGUCUGCUACCCCCACGUUGGCCCGAGUAUAUGCACCCUGGCCAGGGCCAAACAGGCCAUAGUGGGUAUCUUUUGCGGUACCCUGCUUCUCUGCACCCAGCAAUACGUGAUGUUCAGAUCGUGUAAGAGGGUGGAUGGUGGCUACUGGUAUGAGGCUUUCCCUUUUGCAAACAAUCAAUUCUAUACAAAAUUCCUGUUCUGGUUGUACGGAGUUAUCCUAAAGAUCGUGCCUUGUUUGCUGUUAACUGUUCUCAGCGGUCUCCUGAUCCGAGCGAUGGCUGCCCAAAAUAAGAAGCGUAAGCUGCUGCUUCAAAAGCGACACCAACUGCAAGCGAAUCGGUUGAUCAACACAGGUGCAAUAGAAAAUGUGGGUGGUGCUCGUCGAGGUUCCAGCGCGGCAACUUCGGUGCAGGAGAAAGACCGAACGACGAUAAUGUUGGUGGUUGUCGUCCUCUUCUUUGUGCUCAUCGAACUGCCCACCGGCAUUCUAGCCAUGCUGGCUGCCAUUGACAACAAGUGGUUUGAGAAUGUGUACGUGCCACUGGGAGAUCUCAUCGACCUGCUGGUACUCAUCAACAGUUCCGUCAACUUCAUCCUCUACUGCUCUAUGAGUGCCAAAUUCAGGCAGACCUUCAGGCAGAUCUUCAUCAGUGGGCCGCUCUCAGAGAGAUGUUGUAGCUGUAAUACCGAAAAAGAUCGGGAGAAGAGUGGAUGUUGUGGCGGCCGCUGCUGCUUCUGCUGUUGUGGCGAUUUGCGACGUCAUCGACGACGGUGGUGA